GUCCUUAUCUUAAGUCACAGAGAUAUCAAAUUCGACAAGAAUGGUUCUGUUGUUUCUUUUCUCUGCCUCAGUUUUAGGAUUUCUUCUAGAUGAAACGUGUGAUACACUGGAUUGUAAACUGGACAGUAUGACGCAGACGAUGACGAGACAACAGAAAACUAUAGACGAACAAUCGAACAAAAUCGCGUUACUGGAGGAGCAGUUGUUGGCUAUGAACAAAAAACUAAAAAUUGCGAGUUCUGAAGAAACAAGGACUACAAAUACUCUGGAACCACCAUUGGCACAAAUUACAAUCCCCUCUUUUUAUGCGGUCAAAUCCCAAGAUCAACGAAAUAUUGCAAAAGGAGAGAGGAUCAUGUUUGAGACGGGAGUAACCAAUGUUAUGAAAGCGUACGAUGUUUUCAGUGGCGUCUUCAAAGUUCCACUGAAAGGGACCUAUGGUUUCACGUGGAGCAUUGCCAUGAACAACGUGGAGAACCAUGCCUGCUUCUCCCUCGUAGUUAACGACCGUGUUGUUGGACAAACGUAUUUGUGGAACAACGGAAGUGACGCAGUAUCCACGGGAUUUUCCAUCGUGGAGGUCAAUGCUGGGGAUGAUGUAUUUAUGAGCAUAUGCAAUAUCAGUCAACCAUUGGGUGAAAUUAUAAGUGACAUUUACCGCAAGACCACUUUUGCAGGCUGGUGCAUUGCAUGUACUGAUUGAAAAGUAAACUUGACGUUUCGUUAUUUAAAUGUAAAAACAAA